AUGUAUCUAAAGUUUUAUCUGGACGAGGAAGGAAAUAGGAUUUAUACUCUUAAAGGCACAGAUCCGCAAGGCCGACAAACGCAAAGCGCUCAUCCAGCUCGUUUUUCACCUGAAGAUAAAAAUUCAAAAUACAGGAUAAUUAUUAAAAAACGUUUUGGUAUUUUGCCUACAAUGCAACCGAAGCCAGUUUAUUAA